CAGUAGCAGAACUGAACGUCUUACAGGACAGCGAUGGCUUUUUCUCUAGAAUUUGAAUAUGGAGGCCACAGGGACAGAUGAAGUAGAAAAGAUAAAAUCAAAGUUUAUGUCUGCAUGGCACAACAUGAAAUACAGUUGGGUGUUGAAAACAAAAACUUACUUCAGUAGAAGCUCUCCAGUUUUUCUGCUGGGGAAAUGUUACCACUUCAAAACUGAUGAAUCUGGUGAACUCUCGACAGAUGGGUCCAAUUUUGAUAAAAUCAACACAGAGAUUUCAGGAAAUGUUGAGGAGUUUCGUAAAGAUUUUAUUUCUAGAAUAUGGCUGACCUACAGAGAAGAAUUUCCUCAGAUAAAGGGGUCUGCAUUAACAACAGACUGUGGGUGGGGCUGCACGCUGAGAACUGGUCAAAUGUUGCUGGCUCAAGGUCUGAUGCUUCAUUUUCUUGGUAGAGCCUGGGUCUGGCCAGAUGCAUUGGACGUUGACAAUUCAGAUUCUGAAUCGUGGACAGCCCAUACAGUGAAAAAGCUGACAGCAUCAUUCGAAGCAUCGCUUACAGCAGAAAGAGAACCCAAGAUCCUGUCAAAUCAUCAUCAGGGAACAUUAAAAAGAAACUGUGAUGACAAUGAAAUGAGAAAUGAAGUUUAUCAUAGAAAAAUAAUUUCUUGGUUUGGCGACUCUCCGCUGGCAGCUUUUGGCUUACAUCAGCUAAUAGAAUAUGGAAAGAAGUCUGGAAAAAUUGCUGGAGACUGGUAUGGGCCUGCAGUUGUUGCACACAUUUUAAGAAAAGCUGUUGAAGAAGCAAGAGACCCUGAGCUACAAGGAGUAACAGUCUAUGUUGCUCAGGAUUGUACAGUCUACAGUUCAGAUGUUAUUGACAGACAAUGUUCUUUUACGGAUUCUGGAAAAGCAGACACAAAAGCUGUAAUUAUAUUAGUUCCCGUGAGACUCGGUGGAGAGAGAACAAACACGGACUACUUAGAGUUUGUAAAGGGAAUUUUAAGCCUUGAGUAUUGUGUUGGUAUUAUUGGUGGCAAACCCAAGCAGUCGUAUUACUUUGCUGGAUUUCAAGAUGACAGUUUGAUUUACAUGGAUCCUCAUUACUGCCAAUCUUUUGUAGAUGUCAGCAUAAAGGAUUUCCCUCUUGAGUCAUUCCACUGUCCUUCUCCCAAAAAGAUGUCAUUCAAAAAAAUGGAUCCCAGCUGCACAAUAGGAUUUUACUGUAGAACUGUGCAGGACUUUGAGAGGGCUUCUGAAGAAAUAACGAAGAUGCUGAAAUCUUCAUCUAAGGAGAAAUAUCCCGUGUUUACUUUUGUAAAGGGUCACUCUAGAGACUAUGACUUUGCUUCCAGUCCACUCCGUGAAGAAAAUGACCUUUUCUCUGAGGAUGAAAAGAAAAGAUUAAAAAGAUUUAGUACAGAGGAGUUUGUCUUGCUUUGAGGACAUUUUACACAAGAUUAUUGGCAGCUCUCCAGCAGAACACUUGCCUUUUAAAAAAAAAAAAAAAAACACCCAAAAAUGUAUGUGUCCUCCUCUCCCAAAAAGGCAAGCUUGUGCUGAAAUUGAUCUAUUUUCAUAAAGAUGACAAUGUUUUAUAUGUUACUAGUCUUUAAAAAUGUCACUUAUAAAUGUACUUACUAAUUAUUUUUGUUCACUGCUAGUUGGAUGGGUUUAAUGUCACGUUGUGCUAGUGAUGGUAGAAGGCA